CGACAGGCCGAUUGUUCGCAUUCAAGCAUUCGACACUUCGCUUGCUCUCCGCGCAGUGGCAGUGUGCUUGUGGGAGGCUCGACACUUUCGCAACUUCCGCAACUACCGCUGCAACCUCAACGUCAACCUCAACCUCGACUCACCCGACGGUCAUUUCGACUCUACCACAACCACGACCACGACUUGCACGCGGCGUUGCCAACACCCCACCACCGAACGCGCGCCUGGUUCAGUUUGCUCCCCCGCCGCGGGCAUUGUCGACGAUUUCUCCGCUCCAGUAUCAUGAUCUGACAGCUUAACCGGCCGCGCAACCGUUGGAGGGAGCAAGAGAGAGAGGGGCGGACGACUGCGCGACAGACGACGACACACAGCCCCGAGGCGGCAUCGCCUCUCCGCCCAGCAAGAUGCCCGCAGAUAACGACGACUUUGAUUUCAACGCCCUCAAUGAGGAAGGAUGGAAGGAGCAGGAGGCCCGCGAUGAGGAGGCCAUUCGCCGGAUCAACAACAGCUUCGGCCCGGGCGGUAACGAUGGCCUGACUGAAAUGCUGGGGAACCUCCAGUCGGGAGGCGAGAUCGAUCAACGAGGCAAGGCAGACAAUGCCAUCGACUUUGAGGACAUCGACUUGAGCGACGAGGACGAUUUGCCCAACGACGAACCGAGCACUUCCGGCACCAGUGGCGAGCUGCCGAGCCUCAUCGACGACGCCGGCACUAAUGAUGACGACGACCUCUUUGGCGGCGACCCCUCAUCGCCCAUGGACACGGCCCACGAUGGUCUGAGAUCCUCUCCCCCGCCGCUCGACGCCCAUGACGAUGUCGAUGCCAAAAAACGUCCGGAUGAUGCCGCCGGGGAGUCCCUUGAAGACCUCCGAAACCUCAACUUCGACAAUGACGAAGAGCCGGAUGCGACAAACCAAGAUCCCGACAUUCCCCCGCCAGCGGAAAACUUCAUCGACGCCGUUAAGCAACUCUUCCCCGGUUUUGAGGAGAACGCCAUCCUGCAUUGGAACGAACUAUUAAAGCCCAAGAAUGCCACAUGGAUCUCGAAGAAGCCCCCCAGGGCCCCCAAGCCUUUGAUACCAUCAAAACUCAGCCUGGAGUUGGAUGCAGAUCAGGAAAAGCAGUUCCGGAUUCCUGGCCCGGCUACUGGCUCGGUUUGGCAGAGGAUCAAGGAAGCGGAAGCGAAAGGCCUGUUCUGUCUCGAAGAACCGGAGCCUUUGGAGCAGACCGAUCUGGAAGUAUUCAGCUUGGACGACGAAACGGAUUCGGAGAGGAUAGGCGGCUACACCCUUCAGGACAUAGCCACGAUAUGUCAGGACUGGGAACAGAUGAUCUUCUUGGGCGACAGUCUUGCGGCCGCCAUCGAGCCGGGACCGCAGCCGAAACCUGACAACAUGAUCAUUAAGGAUGAGCGUGAUGAAGAGGCGGACUGGGAUGCCAUGUUUCUUGAUGAGCCUGCUCCAAAGCGGAGAAAGAUCGAGAUUCCCAAAGGUCUUCCUCCUAUUGCUCACUUCACGGCUCCAAACUUGGACGAGUUCGAGCAAGUUACUUCGAAGCUGGGCAAGCGUGUCAUCCUUGACAUGAACGACCCUUACUUGCUGAUAGACGACGUCGAAUCUGAACGGUCAUCUAAGCGGCGAAAGACCCAACAUAAGACGGUCCGCUUGGCGAACGGGAAAGCUGGGCGGGAUCUUACACAACGGUUCAACUUCUCCUCUGACGCUGCCUACGACGCGUUGAAGGAGAACAGCCAAAACAGGGUCCGGGCAACACUGGCUACUAUUCCUGUCGAGCACAGUUUGCCUGCGCAGAGACUAUCUUGGCCUUAUUACCGCGUGAAGCUCUCGGCAAGUGAUCCUCAUAGUUAUCACCGGCCUCAGCUCCACCCCAAGAGGGAUCUCCAUGGUCACAUCAGGUUUGACAAGCCUGCCAUUAUUAAGCGUAAGGCUCUCAAGGGUAAACGCGUCAGCGAGGUAUUCAAGAGCACUCAUGACCUCUCCCUCAACGACAACUCGACCGCUAUCCUUUUCGAGUACUGCGAGGAAAUUCCCACCGUUCUCUCCAACUUUGGCAUGGGACAGAAAAUCAUCAAUUACUUCCGUCGCGCUAAAGGCGCUGAUAGCAGACCUGAGAAGCGUGAGCUUGGCGAGACAUGUAUAUUGAUGCCAGAAGAUCGCUCACCCUUCGCCAUCUUCGGCCACGUCCACCCUGGCGAGCUCGUGCCUACGCUUCACAACCACAUGUUCCGCGCCCCUAUUUUCAAGCAUAACCCGAAGAAUACAGACUUCCUGAUUGGUCGUAGCAGUACCGGCCAAAAGGGCUCAACUUGGUACAUCAGAAAUAUCGAUCAUCUUUACGUUGUCGGCCAAACCCUGCCCUCCAUGGAGGUCCCAGGACCCCAUUCCAGGCGUGUUACUAACAUCGCCAAGAACCGUCUCAAGAUGGUCUCGUAUCGCUUGCUUCGCAAGAGCGAGCAUGUUACCCUCCAUGAUAUUACCAAGCACGUAGCUGAGUCCAAUGAGUCUCAGAACCGUCAAAAGUUGAAGGAGUUCCUGCGCUUCAGAAAGGAAACAAAGGAUUGGGCGCUGCCUGAAGGCGAAGAGCUAAUGGCCGAGCCGGCGAUUCGAUCUCUUGUUAGACCAGAAGAGGUCUGUCUGUUGGAUGCGAUGCAAGUGGGCUUACACGAGAUCGAGAAGGGUGGCUACGAUGCUACCGAUUCCCUCAAAGACGAUGACAUUGGAAUUGACGUGAACGAUGAGCUCUCUCCAGAUGCUCUUGCAAACAAGAUGGCACCUUGGAAGACUACCAAGGCAUUCCUUGACGCCAGUCAUGGCAAAGCUAUGCUUGCAGUUCAUGGCGCCGGCGACCCAACGGGCAAGGGACUAGGCAUCAGUUUCUUAAGGACGUCCAUGAAAGGCGGCUACCUUGAGCAGCUUCAAGGUCCAAUGGCUACAUCAGCUGAUGCCAUUGAGAGACAGCGCAAAGCGAACGGUGGGCACAUGUACAAUGUCAAGAAUCAAGACACACUCUACACUGAGGCUCUCACCGAUAUUUGGAACCGCCAGCGGGAGAGUCUCUUGGACUCCCAAGAACACGAUGAUGAAGAUGUGCUUGGGCAAGAGGAUGAAGACGAGCGUUUCAACGUACACGAGAGCCAAUUCGCGCAAACCCCUGUGGUCCAGGACGGCUUUAGUCAGAUCAGUCAGAGCGCCACCAGUGCUAUCAACCGGAAGAAGCUCGUGAUUACGAGGGAGGUAAGGGAUGAAAAUGGCCAAACGCGGACUGUGACAGAGGUCGUAAGGGAUCCUACUGUCAUUGCUCAGUACGUCAAGAGGCGUCGCCAAGAGCAAAAGUCCGAGAUCGAUAUCUACAACGUUAAGCUUACUGGAGACCAAGAGCGGGACGCCGUUAUUCUCGAACUGUUUGUCACCCUUAUCCAUUGUACUUGGAAGGGCCGCACACUGACAUCUCUCUCUAGGCUCGACAAGGAACAUGAUCGUCUCAUGAAGAAUAAGAUGAGAACGAUGAAGCGCGAGAGGCAGAAACAACUGCAACAGCGGCUCAAGAGCGGAGGAACUCUACCCCUCGAUAACGACGACGGGUCGUUAGAGCCCUCGAUCGAGAAGGCCACCGGAACUACACGCAGAUGCGCAAAUUGUGGGGCUAAGGGCCACAUCAAGACGAACAAGAAGCUGUGCCCGUUGCUCAACGGCUCGAUGACCAAAGACCAAAACCAAGACGAUGGCGCCUCUGGUGUCGGCUCGCCCAACCCCAACGCGCCGGUCGCUGCUAGUUUCAUGAGUCCUAGCUAGUAGGGUUGUGAUGGGUGUUGUCAUCGCUGGUUCUGGUGUUGGAAUUGGAGCUAGCUGAAGAAGACGCGGUGGCUGCCUUCUUUCACACGGGUUGGUUCCCAUAUGACGUUCGUCCCCAUGGCGAGGUAUACGGCGUGAUAAAUAGGCAGUAUAUUGCCUGGCAUGGUUGGCGCUCCGCUCUGUAUAUCCAAAGGACAAGGGCAGUGACGCUUUUUGCUUUUUGCGGUUGGCGAAAUCACGACGCAUCACAUCUUAUAUUCUACAUCAUAUCAGCAUCAGUCUUCUCGUCCCUUCUUGACCGUUUCAGCGCCAUUAUAUUAGGUUCACGGUUGCAACUUGGGAGGUUUAGGUUUAGUCCCGUCUUUGGGGAACUAGGACGAGGCCGGUAAUCACCAAC